AAAUUCUACGUACAACCAAACCUUCAUAACGUACAACUCCUUAAAGCAUCAGUCGACAAUCCUAACGAAUCGUUCGUUUUUCUUCAAUCACAAAUUCCCAAAAUCCAUUUCCCCAAAUUCGUUGUUUAAAACCCAAAAAUUAACCCAAUUUCAUAUUGUUGGGGAGGGGGAAAGAGAGAUACGAGACGCCCAAUUGACCCUUUCCUUCAAUCUUUACACCCCCAAUCACAAAAUUGACAACAAUCAUGCAUUGAUUCCUUCAUCGUUUUCCCCUUGAUUCAACGAAUUUAAUGAUGGGUCUGAAGAUCAUGAAGUAUGGAGGGAAAGAAAUGGUGGAACACGACGGUGAUCAAUCCUUCAUUCCGCCGAUUAAUUUUGCGAAUGUUGAAGAUCGAGUUUACAGAUCUGGAUUUCCUCAACCUGGAAACUUCGCAUUCCUCGAGACGCUACAGCUUCGAUCUGUGAUAUAUUUGUGCACGGAACCGUAUCCUAGGGAGAAUUUGGAGUUCUUAAAGUCUCGCAACAUUCGAUUGUUUCAAUUCGGAAUUGAUGGAACCAAGGAGCCUUCCGUGGACAUUCUUAGGAGUACCAUCACGGAGGCUUUGAAAGUUUUGAUCGAUGUGAGAAUCCAUCCGGUUUUGAUACAUUGCAAACGAGGAAAGCAUCGUACAGGGUGUCUUGUCGGGACCCUACGAAAGGUUCAAAACUGGUGUUUGUCGUCAGUGUUGGAAGAGUACAAGAUUCACGCGGGCGUGAAAUCACGAGACACCGACUUGAAAUUCUUGGAAACGUAUGACGUAUCGUACCUAAGGCAAUGUCUUCAUAGUGUCAUCUACCAAUAUCACGGAUACGGUUCCAAGAAAAGACGGUUGCUCUCGGGAGAGAAGACGUUUUGCACAAAUCCCGAAUAACGUCUAUUUAACGGUUUUCGGCUUUUCUUAGGGUGAUGCUUUGCAAAUAGUUCCUUUUCAACACUAUACCAUACAAACAUUGAUUUAAGUUCUUUAAAGGAUUCAUCUUGAAAUUGUUCUAAUCAAGGGGAAACAAAGAAGAGAAUUGAUAUCA